AUGACUUUGGCCGGCAGUGUUCGCAUUCUGCUCAUUGGCAAUGGAGGCCGAGAGCAUGCGCUCGCCUGGAAGCUUAGCCAGUCGCCUCUAGUCGAAUCCAUCUUUGCUGUCCCGGGCAAUGGAGGUACCGCAACCUGCCCCAAGACCACCAAUGUCACCGAGGUCGCCGCGGACGACUACCCGGCCCUCGUUCAGUUCGCAAAGUCCAAGUCCAUCACCCUCGUCGUUCCUGGCCCCGAGGCCCCCCUCGUCGACGGCAUCGAAGCCUACUUCCGCGCCGCAGCUAUUCCCUGCUUCGGACCCUCUAAGGAAGCUGCCCAGAUGGAGGGGAGCAAAACUUUCUCCAAGGAUUUCAUGAAGGAGUACAACAUCCCCACCGCGGCGUAUGAGAACUUCUCCGACUACGAGCAGGCUAUCGCCUACGUCGACAGUGUGUCCCAUGAUGUCGUCAUCAAGGCUACCGGCCUCGCCGCCGGCAAGGGCGUCAUUAUCCCUACUACCAAGCAGGAGGCUAAAGAUGCUCUUAAGCAGAUCAUGGUGGACAAAGCGUUUGGUUCUGCCGGCAACGAGGUUGUAAUCGAGGAGUUCCUGACUGGCGACGAGCUGAGCAUCCUUACCUUCAGCGAUGGCACACAUACUCUGUCUCUCCCCCCAGCCCAGGAUCACAAGAGAAUUGGAGACGGCGACCAAGGCCCCAACACUGGAGGCAUGGGUUGCUACGCUCCGACAACCAUUGCCACCAAGGAACUCAUUCGCAAGAUAGAAGAUGAGGUGGUUCAGCCUACCAUCAACGGCAUGCGCAAGGCGGGCUAUCCCUUCCGUGGUGUCUUGUUCACUGGCAUAAUGGUUACCAGUCAAGGCCCCAAAGUCCUCGAGUAUAACGUGAGGUUUGGCGACCCAGAGACGCAAACCGUCCUGCCCCUUCUUUCUCCUGAGACGGACCUUGCCGAGGUUAUGUUGGCCUGUACUGCUCACGAGGCCCGCCUCGACUGCGUCAAUAUCAAAAUCGCAAACAAAUACAGUGCUACUGUUGUGGUAGCCGCCGGUGGCUACCCCGGAUCCUAUGCCAAGGGUACGCCUAUGGUGAUCAGCCAGUCGACAUCCCCGGACAUCACUCUUUUCCAUGCCGGCACCAAGCUGUCGUCGGAAGGUCAGCUGCAGACGUCAGGUGGUCGUGUCAUUGCUGUCAACGCCACUGCGGAUACCCUCGAGACCGCCGUAAAGAAGGCCUAUGAGCAAGGCAUCACGCUUAUCAACUUUGACAAGAUGUACUAUCGCAAGGACAUUGCCCACCGUGCGUUUCGGUCUCGACAGGAGAAAGAGGCCUUGACGUAUGCCGGAGCUGGCGUCAGUGUUGAUGCGGGCAACGAGUUUGUCGAGCGUAUCAAGAAAGCGGUACGCGCUACCAAACAACCGGGUGCUGAUGCCGAAAUUGGAGGCUUUGGCGGCGAGAUGGACUUAGCCAAGUGCGGUCUUAAGCUGGACAACGGCGAGCUCCCUGUCGUGGUUGGCGCCAUCGACGGCGUUGGCACCAAGCUCAUGAUUGCGCAGAAGAUGGGCAAGCACGAUACCGUGGGCAUCGACUUGGUUGCUAUGAAUGUCAAUGAUCUCAUUGUCCAGGGCGCUCGACCAUUGAUGUUCUUGGAUUAUUAUGGCUGCAGCAAGCUCGACCUGAGCACCGCCGCCUCGUUUGUCGAAGGUGUUGCGGCAGGCUGCAUCGACGCUGGAUGCACCCUCGUCGGCGGCGAGACAGCUGAGAUGCCCGGCAUGUACCAAAAGGACGAUUACGAUGCGGCAGGCUGCGCGUUUGGUGUUAUGAUCAAUAGCCAGAGACUGCCGCGCCAGAGCGACAUGGAAGCUGGAGACGUGCUGCUUGGCUUGGCCUCCAGUGGCGUUCACUCGAACGGCUUCUCCUUGGUCCGCCGAAUCCUGGAACGCGAGGGUCUCGCAUACACAGACCCCGCUCCAUGGGAUGCCGGUAAGACUGUGGGCGAGAGCUUGCUCACCCCUACCAAGAUCUACGUCAAGAGUUUGCGUGGCGUCAUCGAAGCUCGCCUCGUUAAGGGUCUGGCUCACAUCACGGGAGGUGGUCUUAUCGACAACGUCCCUCGCAUGUUGCCCGAGCACCUUGCUGCCGAGAUCGACUUGACGACGUGGGAGAUGCCCGCUGUUUUCAAAUGGUUGAAGACAAGCGGCAAUGUGGAGCCGUACCAGAUGGUUCGCACUUUCAACACUGGUGUGGGAAUGGUAGCUGCAGUCGACGCAGCUCAUGCUAAUGCUGUCAUCACGGCCUUGGAGUCGGCCGGUGAGAGGGUUCUACGCCUGGGGCAGCUUGUUUCGCGUGCCAACGGUGAGCCGCACUGCAGGGUGCUUAACCUAGACAGCUGGGCUUGA